AUGAUGAAUAUUUCAAUUGUAUUAUUAAUUUUAUCUUUGAUCAAUUUAACUUGUAGUCAAAUUCCAAAUCCAAAACGAUAUCAACUUACUACAACAAGAGAUGGUUAUUUUCAAGAACAUUAUUCUAUUGAUAGAAAUUUAGAUAAAGCAUCUCGCAAAGGAUAUUCAUAUGAAAAUAAUGAAUCAAAACUUAUUAGUCAAGAUAUUUAUAUACCUAAUCAUGAUAUAACUUAUUCAUUUAAAUUUUAUAAGUCUCCAGCUAGUUGUACUGCAACGAAAGGUUCACCAUUUGAUUAUAUCGAUCAUUGGUCAAAUUUAGUUGAAACAUUUGGUGGAGAAAAUAAAAAAUAUGAUGAAAUUAUUUUCGACACAGAUUGUGAUGGAGAAUGUUUAACAUGGUCAAGAGAAUAUAAUAAUCCCGCUGCCGAAAUAAUCCUCAAAAAUACCUUAUAUAUCAAAAAAAAUAAUAUGACACCAAUUAAACACACGUCAAAAAUAUAUAAUAGUAAAACUGGACAAUUGACCAUGGAUUUAACGAAUAGAUUUACAAAUUGGAAUUUAAAUGAAAUUCAAGAUUCAGAAUAUGAUUUUCCAAUGGAUGUCAAUACAUGCUUCAAUCAAUAA